AAUUGCAUUUAUUUUGAAGCGAAAUAAUUUUCGGAGUGAGACCAUUCACAAGCUUAUAUUUCUUUAGGAAUGCUGUGCAGAGACGUCCAUGUGACCUCAGAUGACAUGUGAAAACACCAAUGAAGGUCCGUCGGGCAAAGGAACUGGUGGACUUUGGAUAAUAAGACGCUCUGUUAGUUAGUUACUGAAAGAGCUUAUUUUCACUCGAAAACCUGAAAAAAAUGCGAAAGUGUAACCGAACACUUCUGUGACAAUUAUGUGAUGUCGACAUUGCGAGACAGUGUCAGUCUUUCAUCCUGCGCUUGACAAUGGAACCAUUUGUGCCACAAUGACGUAAAGAAAAGAGGGAACUCCAGUGAACAAUGACGCAAGGCUGACUUAUAUAUCGGUGCACCCUGCCUCUGCGAAGAGAAAAUAAAAGAGACAGGGAAAUAUAAAAUAAAAGGAACGAUUCCAGUGAAUUGAUUUACUUUGCGACGCCCCAGCAUGACGUGUCUCGAUGGACGAGUCGAAGGCGAGAGUGCCGGAAUUGGGUGCCAGUGAGAGGCAUGACGGCAUGACCCGCCCUCCACGUGCCCUCCCGACCCGAGCCUCCGCCUUGCGCCUCGCCGGAAGUGAGCCAAGACGCACAUCUUGCCAAGAACCCGAUCUAUUAUGUCGGUUUUAAUGCCUGGCGUCCUGUUCUGUCGGACUUCUAUAGCCCAUCGGAGAGGACAGUGAUCAUAAGAAAAAACUCCCAGCCGAUAACUCGUCGCGCGGAGUGCCUCGUCGACAGUGAGUGAGCGAACGGGCCGUCGAACGGGCCCGGACGCCAUGUCUUUCCCCUGAGAAAAAGGAAUACAAUCGCGCGGAAGAAGGGUCAGAAACAGACUUUAGGGACCAUGCCGGGCUGGGGAGGCUGGAGCGCGUUCCUCCACCAGACCCUGCUCCUGGUGAGCGUCGUGGCGCCGGCCACCACCCUCGCCCAGACGCCCAGUGCCACCCCCGUCAGCAGUGCCGAAGCCCUCAGUGCCUCAUCCAACGACACCUCGAAGGGCUCGCCAUGGUGCCAGUGGGUGGCCCAGGAGGCCCUGGAGUGCCACAUUCGAACCCUGGAGGACAGCCUGGGCUCUCAAGUGGUCAAGGGGCACUGGCAGGACCGCAACGACACGAGUGGCAUCCCUGCGGCGGGACAGUGGCCGAGGGACCAGGUGCCGGGCCUGCCAGGGGCAUGGGCCGCCCGGAGUGACACUCGCCACCUGCGCGUGCUGGGCGUGGAGUGCAGUCAGGUCCUCUACUACCAGAGCCGCCUUACGGCACGCACGUUCCAGGGCCUGGAAAACGUAGAGGAACUCGCCAUCAACAACUGCAAGCUGGACAGUCUCCCACCGGGGACACUGUCCAGCCUGGGACGCUUGCGGAGUCUCGCGGUGACGACCCACAACGGCGAAUGGGCGGCACUCGCCAUGGAAGUGGUCUCGGGCUCCCUCCCUCUCACGCUGGAGCGGGUGUCCCUCGCCCACAACAACAUCUGGACGCUUCCCCCGAGAGCCUUCUGCGGGCCCAACUCCCUCCACCACUUGGACUUGUCUCACAACCGCCUCCAAGACGUCCACGAACUCGGAUUCAUGGACCAGGUCCAACUGGACAUUCUGAUGAUGAACAUGAGCAACACAAGCUUCAGCGAACAUUCUGCUGUGUUUUCAAACUUGGACGAGGAAUCUAGUGCUGAAAGGUGCGGACAGGCUCUUCGUGAGUUGAUCCUAGACCACAAUGACUUAGUGAGGCUUCCUGACGGGAGCUUCCGCGUCCUGUCAGGGCUCAGAGAACUUCAUCUACGUGACAAUGAUAUCAGACUUAUAUCCAGUGAAGCCUUCAGUGGACUUACAGCCUUACAAGUGCUAUAUUUAUCUAAUAAUCAUAUUAUUGCCCUACAUAAUGGAACAUUCUCUGACAAUAUAGCCUUAGAGAGGCUAUAUUUGAAUAAUAAUUCACUCAGUGCUCUAAAUUCUAAAGUUUUCCAGGACAUGAAGGAGCUGCAAGUAUUAGAAAUCUCUAACAAUAAAUUAUAUCUCGAUAACAGUCAUGAUGACCUCUUCAAAGGCCUUCGAAGGCUUGUCAUUCUUGAUCUGUCAUGGAACUCCCUCACCACAAUCACAAAGCUUUUAUUCCGGGACUUGACAUCCCUUCAGAGGCUGGUCCUUUCCCACAAUGCCAUACAGAGCCUCGAGGACGACAGUUUCACUUCUUUGUCCAACCUUUAUGCCCUUGAUCUCUCCCACAAUUUGCUCCUCACUUUGGGUGAGGCUAAUUUGAGGGGGCUUGUCGGCCUCAGUCUAAUUCACUUGGCUAACAAUUCUCUCUUUGAAAUUCAUCCUCAUGCCUUCCGCCAUAGCUCAAACCUGAAGCAGGUCUUCCUUAGUCACAACCACCUCCAGGCUAUACCCAAAGCCCUUGAAAAUCUCUCCUUCAUCAAGACUCUGGACAUGUCCUACAACAACAUCGUCAGUAUCCAACCCUUCCAUUUUGGAGGUCUUGGAAAUCUUGAGAUGCUAAAUGUGAGCCACAACAAACUAGAUUUUAUAUCUCAGGGAUCAUUCAAAGGACUUGCUUCUGUAAAAGAUUUGGACCUAAGGGACAAUGCCAUCCACACAGUGAAUGAGGGUUCUUUUGAUGGAGUGCCAAAUGUCUUGAAUUUGGUACUUGCUAGGAAUCAGUUGAGUAAUAUAGAUCACAUAUUUGCGGGUCUGCAACACCUUGAAUCCCUGGAUCUUUCAGAGAAUAAUAUAAGGAUGUUUGACUAUGCAUUCAUCCCUCAACAACUAAUUAAUCUAGACCUGAAAAAGAACAAAAUUGGACAACUUGGUAACUUCUUUAAAGUUCAUACCGUCCUGACAUUAGAGAAUAUUGAUGCAAGUCAUAAUAGCAUUAAAAGCCUUACUGAACUUUCUCUUCCAAACACCAUCAUGCAUGUUAUUCUGCACCAUAACAAUAUUACAAGGAUUUUGCCAAACAGUUUCCGAGACAAGGUGAAUCUUCAGACUCUGGACCUCAGCAUGAACUCCCUCCAAAGAAUAAAUCCCAAGUCUGUCAGCAUGAGAGUAGCUUCUGGAAAACAUACAAGUGCACAGAUAUAUCUGUCGGGUAAUCCUCUUAUCUGCGACUGCGAAAUGGAAUGGCUUUACAAUUCAUUCAGAAGCACUCUGACUACAACUCCGGAAGCCACCGAGGUCACUUUCCUUCAGCCUCGCAUUGAUGACCUCGCCCGAGUAACAUGUACGCUCCUUCAUUCUCGGGAAGACACCACAGUCAUGACACGUGUCUUGGAAACCUCUGCAGCCAACUACCUCUGUCCAUACACGACACAUUGCUUUACUCUCUGCCAGUGUUGUGAUUUUAUUGCUUGUGACUGCCAGAUGAAGUGCCCAGAUGCUUGUUCCUGUUUUCAUGAUGACACUUGGUCUAUUAACCUGGUGGAUUGUUCAGGAGGACACUUGGAUCGGCUGCCGGACCGAGUGCCGAUGGAUGCUACAGUUGUUCUGCUAGAUGGCAACAAUCUUCAGAUUCUCCAUGCUCAUCACUUUAUUGGGCGACACAGCAUUCAGCAGCUCUAUCUGAAUAAUUCGCAAAUCCAGACACUCCAAAAUCGCACAUUCCAUGGAUUAACUUCACUGCAAGUACUUCAUUUACAAGAUAACAUGAUUGUACAGUUGAAUGGCUUCGAAUUCUCUGGCCUUCAUCAUUUGAAAGAACUCUACUUGCAGAACAACCGUCUGUCAUUCAUCAAUAAUGCAACUUUUAUUGGGUUAAAGAGCUUGGAAGUCCUCCGACUUGACAAUAAUUUCAUUAUAGACUUCCCAGUGUGGCUACUGAGUAACAAUCGUUACCUGGCUAGUGUUACACUUGGAAACAAUCCGUGGGACUGUGACUGCCAGUUUGUUGAAUCUUUGAGGGAGUGGCAGAAGCAGCAGUCCCACCUUCUGAUCAACCCUGAGGAUGUGUUUUGUGUACAUGGCGACUCUGGGGUGGUAGGGCCUAGCAUAAUCCUCCCAGAGUACUCUUGCACUGAGGCUCAACAUGGCGUUACGCAGUAUAAGUUUGGCCAGCAAGAACUGCCAUUCCUGGCUGGGGGUUUGUGUGGUGGUGUUGCUCUCAUCAGCGCUCUGGUAGUGAUGGCAAUGUUAGUUGCAAGGAGAAGGGCAGCAGCAGCUAACAAACUGGGAAUUAACGGGUCUCCUGCAUAUUGCCAAGAGGAGGACGGAAAAGUUUUCGAUUCGUACAUUAGCUAUAGUGCAAAUGAUGCCAGCUUUGUAAGAGAUGUGUUAGCCACUAAGUUAGAAAACAGUUGCCCAAGUUACAAGCUUUGUCUUCAUUCACGAGAUUUCAGUGAAAAUAGCCGCCUCUCUGAGUUUAUCACUCAGUCAUUAGGCUUCAGCAGGAGAACCAUUAUAGUACUUUCCAAGAACUACAUAGACAACGAAUGGAAGAAUGCUAUCUUCAAGAAAGCUCAUGUUGACGGGCUAAAGGACAAUGAUAUGGGGAUCAUUGCAAUUUAUUACGAUAACGUUUCGUAUUCCUCUUUUGACUCAGACUUAAAAAAUAUUAUGAGGAGAUGCAUUAAACUUAGAUGGGGUGACAAAAACUUCUGGAAAAAGUUAUCAGAGGCAAUGCCAAUAAAACAAACAUAUGCUGGACUGCCAGUGUAUGUAUCAGAAAAUUCCUAUAAAUCAUCAACUUUGCCAACUCUCAUCCCGCCCUCAUCCUUGCCUCUUCCAUCUUCUUCCUCCGUCCUCACCUCCACGACAGGGCUCACCACACCGUCAGAGAUCGGGCACAGACCGUCAUGCCAACAAGAGCCUCCUGCAACUACCUACAAGGCCCCUCCACCUCCUCGUCCUUGUUAUACACCACCGUCAUGUGAUUACAUUGUAAUGACAGGACGAGACUGCCGAGACCCACAGUGUACCUGCCACCGACACUCUCACACAGCAUACACCUACGUGGACGGCGACUCCUCGUCCCUCCACACCUACACCUCUCUUGAGCCCUUCACUUUACCCGACCCUCAUGUACCAGAGUCAUAUACACGUGGACAUUCGCCUGCCAGUAGCCAUUACAGUGCCCUUGAACCCCCUGUCAGGAGGACUGUAAGAGCUAGCAAGCGGAAAAAGAAGAGACCUCUGAGUCAGAACUGUCCACCUGUGCAUUGUGACACUCUGGAAAAUCCUGCCUUCACCGAAGACGUGCAUGGCGAACUUCCCUCUAACGGGACCUUCCGAAGAACCAAGAGUCUCCGGGCAUCACGGGGAAACCAAGAGCGUCAUAGUGACUACUCGACAGAUCACUCCAGUGACCGAUCGAGUGGGAGAUCGUACGACCACUCAGUGACCUCUGGCGGAGGCGUUGUCGACCGCAACGACGCCCUGUACAUGGGUCUCGCCGAUUCCCCGCCAGAACCGACGAUGGUUACGACCGAAGAAUGUUUCGUCUAGUCUUCACCAAUUGAAUAGUCUGUUACUCAUAGAUAGUAACCAAUGAACUUCCUACUUGCAGUGUUUAUUUCAUUAUCAUGAUGGUUUAGUCGAAAGCCAUGUAUGAAUGUUGAUUUUUUUUUAUAAUUGAAAACAAGCGGACUCUCUGUAACGGGAGCCUCAUAUAUGUAGCUCAGUGUGAUGAGAGGAGCCUCCACUAAUUCACUACAGAGUACUUACCGUCCCGGUGGCCCAGAGUCACCAGUGAUUGCAUAGGAUGUAAAUAUUAAUCUUAGGCUUUUAUAUAUACAUAUAUAAAUAUAUAUAUCAAGUGGAUAUCUAUUUCAGUAUUACAUGAAGAAGCAGGAACAAAAUAUUUCACGAAUAUUCUCACAGCUUUGUGAGCCUAUUGAAAAUGGGUAGUUAAUACUUACAGUGUAUAAAUAGAAAUCAUGUCUUAAUUUUUGUAUUCAUAUGGUAUAUAUGAUUAAUGCUUUUGACUAAAAGAACGCUCUAGACAAGGUUACCAAGCCAGACAAGGCCUAAGAUUUUGUACAGGUAUUCAGCUAUAAAAUGUGAACUGGAUUGUGAUUUGGUGCUGAGGAAGCGCCAUGGCGAGUGCAAGGCUUAGAAAGACCUUCA